AUGGAGAUAUUACUAGCAUUGGAUUAUGUGCGCCUAUCAGCAUUUGCUGUGUUGCUGCUUUGGGUCAUUGGAGAGCUUCUCAAACUGAAGAAGGGACAACAUGAGGCAGGAAGUGGUGUCGUGAUUUCAGCAGAAAGGAAGGGGGUGACCCUACUCCCAUCACACAUAAUUUCAGUCUGCAAUGCCUCAAUCAAGUCAAUACAUGUUGGCUUUGCUGUUCUUGGAGUUUGGAAGCACCAAACCAUCUCCAUGGGCUUCAUCUUCGCCUCACUGUCAUGGAUUUUGGUGACUCUCUUCUCAGUCUACUGCAAACACAAAGGAGCAAGACUUGGAUCAAACUGGCCUGCAGUUCUUGUUUAUUGGUGGGUCUUCAGCUCCCUGUUAGAAUCACUACUCACUUCAUUGCAUUUGCUCCACCUAAUCAGCUCUGCAACUGUAGUCAAUUUUACUUCGCUGCCCUUCGGCGCCAUCAUAUGUCUGUGUCUAGUUGCAAUAGCCAUGAGAACCUCUGAAGCAAACCAAGAUGAACGGAACCAACCAUUGCUCAUGAGGGAAGACAGUGGCGAUAGCAGCGGGGAUAGGUUUUCCAGUUCCAGGUGGUGUAGUCAGCUUACAUUCCAGUGGUUGAACCCGGUCUUUGAGAAGGGACACCAGGUACGGCUCGAGAUUGAACACAUCCCAGCUGUUCCUCAGUCAGAGACGGCAGACCAGUCGUAUGCAUUGCUUCAAGAAACAAUGCAUAAGCAAAAACCGGAGCCGAUGUCUGUACAAAAAGGCAUCAUUUGUGCUGUUUGGACACCUUUGGUCAUCAAUGCAGUCUUUGCAGGGCUUAACACUUUAGCUUCUUAUAUGGGACCAUUCUUGAUCACUUACUUAGUGAAGCUGCUCUCCGACAAGAACCCUGACAGAGGCCAUGGACAUGGAUACAUGCUUGCAAGCCUCUUCUUUGUAUCAAAGACAGUAGAGUCACUGUCACAGCGGCAGUGGUACUUUGGCGCUCGUAGAAUUGGAUUUCGGGUACGAGCAGCACUGAUGGUGUCCAUCUACAAGAAAUCCCUGUUGAUAAAGGACUCAACUGCAGGGACAGGAAGAAUUGUGAACUUCCUUGAUGUCGAUGUAGAGAAGAUUGGUGAGUUUUUCUGGUACAUCCAUGGAAUUUGGUUGCUGCCCUUGCAAGUCUCACUGGCACUUGUCAUCCUGUACCAUAGUCUUGGGAUGGCGGCAUCGCUAUCUGCUGCUUUUGCAACAGUGUUGAUCAUGGUGAGGAACACACCCCUGGCAAUGUCACAGAAGAAUCUCAACAUGAAGAUCAUGGAGGCGAAGGACCCACGCAUCAAGGCCACAGCAGAGGCUCUUAAAAGCAUGAGGAUUUUGAAACUGCAUGCAUGGGAGACAGCCUACUUGGACGAGCUUUUGAAGCUCAGGGAUGUGGAGAGAGGGUUGCUCAGAAGGUAUCUGUACACAUGCUCGGCAAUAGCCUUCCUCUUCUGGGCAUCACCAACGUUGGUCUCAGUUGUCACCUUUGGAAUUUGCAUUCUUGUAGACGUUCCAUUGUCGGCAGGAACUGUACUAUCAGCCCUUGCUACUUUCAGAAUCCUCCAAGAUCCAAUCUACAACCUCCCAGAGUUAGUGUCCACGGUCACACAAACCAAGGUGUCCCUAGAUAGAAUUGAAGAGUUCAUCAAAGAAGACCACCACACAAAGCCAAGUAGCAAUGGCAGUAGAAGUGGCACAGCGAAGCAGUCUGUGGCUGGCAUUGUGGAGAUUGGAGCAGGAGAAUACAGUUGGGAAGCCACUGACAACAACUUGAAGAAUACAAAGUUCACAUUAAAGAUUGAUAGAAAGGUGGACAUCAUGAAGGGUCAUAACGUUGCAGUGUGUGGGCCAGUUGGCUCAGGAAAAUCAAGUCUCCUUUGUGCCAUCAUGGGUGAGAUUCCAAGGGUCAGCGGUGCAAAAACAAUGGUUGUUGGGUCAAGGGCAUAUGUGCCACAGAGUGCAUGGACUCAAACUGGGACAAUUCAGGACAAUGUGCUCUUUGGGAAGGCCAUGGACAAGGCCCGAUAUGAUGAGGUGCUACAAGGGUGUGCUUUGAAUAAAGAUGUGGAACUAUGGGCUAAUGGAGAUAUGACUGUGGUAGGGGAAAGAGGCAUGAACCUAAGUGGUGGCCAGAAGCAGAGGAUUCAGCUUUCCAGAGCAUUGUACAGUGAUGCUGAUGUUUACCUCUUGGAUGAUCCCUUCAGUGCGGUUGACGCACACACUGGAGCACACCUCUUCAAGGAAUGUUUAAUGAGUCAAAUGUCCUCAAAGACAGUCAUCUAUGUAACUCACCAGCUAGAGUUUCUGCGAGAUGCGGAUCUUGUUUUGGGCUUGGGCACCAACAAAAAAUACAAGAAGCAAAUGGAGCACAGAGAGAUAGAGCCAGAUCACACUGUGCUAGGAAGGGAAAGUGAGGAAGAGCGUGAAUCUGGAAGGGUCAAAUGGGGUAUCUACCGAAAGUUUGUUACCUCAGCCUACAGGGGAGCCCUCAUUCCCAUAAUUCUUGUAUGCCAAGUCCUUUUCCAGGCAUUGCAGAUAUGUAGCAACUAUUGGAUUGCAUGGGCAUCAGAUAGGAAAGAACUAGCAUCAACAGAUCAAAGCACAGUUGACAUAGACAUUCCUUACAGGCUAGCAGGGCUGAUAUUUGCACUAAUUCAGCUCCUCAGUAUCGUUUUCAUUAUGUCCCAAAUUGCUUGGCCCAUACUAUUUUUAUUCAUAGUAAUAAUUUCCAUAUCUACUUGUUAUCAGAGCUAUUACAUCAGUUCAGCGAGAGAGCUAGCGAGGUUGGUUGGCAUUAAAAAGGCUCCAAUUCUCCACCAUUUUUCUGAGACCAUAUCAGGGGCUGCAACAAUUAGAUGCUUUAAUCAGGGAGAACUUUUUUUAAGAAAGAGCCUUACACUAAUAGACGACUACUCCCGCAUCACUUUCCACAAUGCAGCAACGAUUGAAUGGUUGUGUGUCCGUAUCAACUUCCUCUUCAACCUGGUAUCCUUUGUGAUGCUGGUCAUCCUUGCCUCCUUGCCUCAUGAUACUAUUGACCCAAGCCUUGCAGGGCUUGCAGCAACAUAUGGUCUCAACCUUAAUGUGUUACAAGCAUGGGUAAUAUGGAACUUAUGCGAUGUUGAGAACAAGAUGAUCUCAGUAGAGAGAAUUAUGCAAUUCUCAAACAUGCCAAGUGAGUCUCCUUUAGUGGUUGAAGACAACAGACCAAUGGAAAGAUGGCCAUGGUAUGGAACCAUUCAAAUUGAUGGUCUCCAAAUUAAGUACAAUCUUGACAUGCCUAUGGUGCUCAAAGGUAUAAGCUGCACAUUUCCUGGAGAAAGAAAAAUUGGGGUGGUAGGGCGAACGGGGAGUGGGAAGUCUACUCUCAUCCAGGCUUUGUUUCGGAUUGUCGAACCAUCUGCAGGACGGAUACUCAUAGACGGAGUCAAUAUGUCACUUUUGGGAUUACAUGAUUUGCGAUCUAGACUAAGCAUUAUACCUCAAGAACCAACUCUAUUCCAAGGCACUGUCAGAUCAAACCUAGACCCUCUACAACAAAAUACAGAUGCUGAAAUAUGGGAGGUUGCUAGUAAAUGUCGCCUUGAGGAGAUUAUUACAGAAGACAAUAGACUGUUAGAUGCACCAGUUGUUGAAGAUGGAGGAAAUUGGAGUGGAGGGCAAAGGCAACUUGUCUGCUUGGCCAGAGUGCUACUAAUGAAAAGAAAAAUACUUGUUUUAGAUGAAGCUACAGCGUCAGUUGAUACUGCAACUGAUAAUAUUAUCCAAAGUACUAUAAGGCAAGAAACAAAAACUUGCACGGUCAUAACAAUUGCACAUAGAAUUCCCACUGUGAUUGACAGUGACCUAGUUCUUGUACUUGGUGAAGGCAGGAUACUUGAGUACGAUUCUCCAAACAAUCUCCUGAGAGAUGAAUCAUCAGCGUUUUCAAAGUUGGUGAUGGAAUGUGUGGGAAGGACAGAUAACGUUAACUAG